AUGUCUGGCGCUGCUAUUACGCAAUGGCCUGGUUUAAGUACUGUUUGUCCGAAACUGAAAGACUAUCAUACUAGUACAGGGGCGGGCAAACUUUUUGCUCUGAGGGAAACGCGAUCAAAAAAUGAUAUAGCGCAAAUCACAAGCAUCGAAGGCUCGGACGCCAUCUUGCCCUGUUCCACUUCCGGUCAAGACAAGCCGGAAGUCACGUGGUAUUUCAAUCAUAGGCCUUUAGAUCGCGACCAAAGACACCAAAUAACGUCAGCCGGAUUAUCAAUUAAUUCCGUGAAGUGGAAAGAUAGAGGGACGUACGGAUGUUUUGGGGGCCAAAAAUUAGGAAUGGGACGAAAAUUGGGUUUCGGUAGGGAAAAGAACCGGAUAAAACCGAUUUCCAUUUAUAGAUUAGAGAUUUUGGCCAGCCCAAAAUUUCUCCAACCACCAUCAAUUCCGGAAAAAAUUAUUUUGGGCCACAAACUGACCCUUAGUUGCGAGGGACAAGGCAGUCCAUACAUCCGCUACGAAUGGCUGAAAGAGCAAAAAACCUCAAGCAAAAUUAGGAUGAAAUCGAAACUGAGCGAAAAUAAGAAACAAUACUCCAUAGAAAAAACAAGCAUAGAAGAUGAAGGACGAUAUUACUGUCGUCUGUCCAACCAAUAUGGCAGCAAUGAGAGUUUCGUUGACGUCAAAUUCUUAAUACCCGCGAGUGUCUUCGAACUCGGGCCCUCCGUCACAACAAUUCGAGAGGGUGGGCAACUUAACGUAACCUGUCGAAGUAGGGGUUUUCCUCUGCCCAAAAUACUUUGGAUGGUUUCAAUUGCCAAUGGUGUCAUUUACGAAGGCGCCGAUGCACUGAGAGAUCAAGGCUAUACGAUUACUGACGCAACUGACGCCGCGAUGUCUACUACAGAACGCGUAAGUACGUUGAAAGCGAGGAACGUUAAGAGAAGCCAGGCUGGAAACAUCACGUGUCUCGCUUAUAACGAAGUCGACAAGGCCUCUAAGACAGCUAUCGUUUACAUCGAAUACAAACCGAAGGUAGAAAUCAGCCCUAACGCAACUUACGCCUGGGUGGGGCAAAUAAAAAUCUUGAAAUGUCGUGGAGUGGCCUACCCGAGACCCACGAUCACGUGGUUCAGGGGCCUCUCCACCCCCAUCAAAAACGAAGAUGACGGGAUUUUUAAAUACGAAAGCGAAAGUGAAAGUUUCAACACGGAGAAUAGCUAUUUAACGAUUUCAAUAAAAGAUGAUCUGAAAUGGAUAUACGGAAACUACACGUGCCUAGCUAAAAAUCAUGUAGCCCAUUCAUCCGCAUACACUUCUAUCGUCAGAGCUCAACUACCAGACCAGCCAAGAAACAUAACGAUAAUAGAGGAAACAUCGACAUCAGUUACAUUCUCUGCUAGUCCAGCUGGCGUUGAAAAUAGCAUGCAAAUCACUAACUGGUCUGUAUCUUAUAACGAACAGAAACCCGGGUCGAGACAAUAUUUUCAAUCGUUUCAAACUGGUGAUUCGAUGGUGAUCACUGAUCUGAAACCAUCUACUCAGUACAUUGUUCAUCUGUCUGUGGGUAACAUUGUUGGCUUCAGUACCCCAUUGCAGUUCAGGGUUCAUACGACCAAAGAAAAAUCAAACGAAUCGUCUCUAAAAAUCCAGACGAUGUCACCCCACAAGCAGGACGGCGUUCGGAUGGACGCAAGCGACGCUUACGACCUCUCAUAUGCAGAAAAAAAUUCUUACAAAAUCGACCAAAAAACCGAUUACGAAUCCAAGUACUUGAACAUUCGGAAAUCGAAAAAAAAAUCGAAUGAUGAGAUACCGAACGGUCAGUACACACCUCUGGUGAUUGGAAUCGGCUUAACUUUAACCAUUUUUGCCGGAGGGGCUUUGGCAUGUUUUUUUUACGUCUGGAGGAAUAAAAGACUGAAAAGGCAGCCUACAUCUGAGGAGGAAUUUGUGUCGAAUCGAGUUCAAGUCGCCUCACCCAUUCCACCAAACUCUAUCCUUUUGGUACCAGUCACCAACAUUGACGGCAAUGGCAAGCCUCUGCUAACUGAACAUGACGUUGAAAGUGUUACUACGGAGUUAAUCAACACCAUGCAGCAGCAGCAGCAUCAACAGCAACCACAACAGCCACUAGCCAACAAAUCAUUCAACAGAGCAAAUAGCAUUGAUUCAUUUUCUCCUUAUGGAACUUUCCCGCGCAGAUUGAACUUUUUUGAGAGUGCAACCAACACGCCGACGAACUCAACACCAGCUGGUCCGCUGAGAGCAAAGUUGAAUUUGAGAAAGUUGGAAAUGAUCUCACCAUCGAGCCCUCCUAAACAAGUUUUCAACGUCGGUAACAAUUCGACUGUUCGAAUGUUCGAAGCAUUUCGACCGGUUUCGGUAGAUCCGAUUCGAGAGCACGGCAGCACAAACCGAAACUUACUGCUCAACGCCUGCCAUUCAUUCAACUCCAACAACAGCGACGCGAAUGAGGAUCUCGCUAACCAAACACUCAACAGUGCUUUCAGCUACCCAAACAACAACACCACAAGCAGCAACCAGACGUCCUACGGAGCCAACAAAUUUUGUACACUGACGGCGGUCAGACCUGUUUUCGAAGCCAAGCAGUUGAGGAAACAAGACCACGAAACUGGCGUCGUAAAGUACCCUAACUCUUGUUACACUACACCCAAACGACGGCCAACGGUUAGUAACGGUAGCGUUAGUAAAAAAGAUCAUCCGGAAGGUUGCAACAACAACAACAACAACAAUGAUAAAAUCUGCAAGGAUCAAAUUUUCAAAGUGGAUUACGACGGGUAUCAGAGCGGCGACAAUGUUGACGACGAUAUAGACAGUGUGAGGUAUCUGCCAGCGUUAGCGGGUCAACGUCAUCCAAACAACUGUGAAAAAUUCAAUCGAAACUUUCCACAGAACAACAACAACAACUUUAACAACAACAGCAACAACAACAACUUCAACAACAACAACAGCAACCACAAUAAUAAUAACAAUCGCAAUUAUUUCCAGAUGAAUAACUUUCACGACCUAGGCAUAAAUAAUCUUAGUAAUAAUAACAACGACAAUUUCCCUAUGAGUAGCGAAAACACAAACCUAAGUAAUCAGCUAUUUUAUGAGAGUUGUACUCAAGAUGAUAGUAUAAAUAUUAAUAACAAUACUAACAUUACUCAGGGCGGUAGUAAGAGUAAUCUAGUACCAGAGAAACGAACUUUAGUCAGCUACACUGUACCGUUAAAUAGAUGUAGGUAG